AUGAUGGCUUUGGAUUCAGGUCGUACAAUCAACCAAACCAUAUUCAUCAAGGCAGGGGUCUAUGACGAGCAAGUGGAAAUUCCCACGCUGCGAGGACGACUCACAAUUCUUGGGGAGACGUGGAAUACAUCUUCUUACUCGGAAAAUCGGGUCACCGUCACUCACAACAUUAGCGCAGGUAAUGGGGAUGGUGAUGAAACAGCUACAAUACGAAAUGCUGCUGCCGCCUCUAGGAUCUACAAUAUCAAUGUAGCCAAUACCUAUGGGCCAGGUUAUCAGGGUCUUGCUCUAAGCGCCACGGGCACCCAGCAAGGAUAUUACGGUUGCCAAUUCCAGGGUCACAAUCGAACUAUACGUACGCAGGUUGGUGGUACGGUGUUAUUUGCCAGAGGUUUGAUCUCGGGCACCACGGAUAUCAUUUUCGGAGAUUAUGCGCGAGUGUGGCUUGACCACGUUGAUAUCAAGGUUCGUCAAGUUUCUCAAAAGGAAUAUGUUACUGCCAACUGCCGCGGUUCGCCCGAUGAUCCAUCGUACUUUGUGAUCAAUAACUCGACUAUUGAGGUGUCUCAAAAUUGGAUGAGAGCACGCUCAGCCUUCCUCGGUCGGCCGGAAGGCUCUUACGCUCGGGUUGUGUUCCAAAACACCUAUAUGAGCAACAUUGUCAAUGCAGCUGGUUGGGCCCCGUGGUCUUCGGCUUUGCCCAAUACAGCGCAUGUUAUGUUUGGUGAGUAUGGGAAUACUGGCCCUGGCAGUCAAGGCACGCGAGCAAGCUUUGCGACAGCAUUGGAGUCGCCAGUAGCCAUUGCCGAUCUUUUGGAUGAUGAUUAUGAGUCGUGGGUAGAUGUGGGGUAUUUGAAGAUCUGA